AUUGCUUCCGAUAAAGCAGCUGACAAUUGUUUGUUUUCAUAUUGUUGUGUUUUUUUCAAACAUGGAUCAAGGUGAAGAGAGAAGGUGGGACUCUGAUUCCACGAAGCUACUACUCCAAAUGUAUUAUGACAGAAGAGAAGAAUUUCUGGAUCCGAUGAAAAGAAAAAGGGACGUCUGGAAAAGCGUUCUGCUAGAAUUGGAGGAGCAUGGUAUUUGCGACAUAAACGCCCAGCAGCUUGACAGGAAGUUUAGGAACUUGAAGAAAACAUAUGAAGCGAUCAAGAAUCAAAAGAGGCAAACGCGGUGGGAGCACUUUGAGAAAAUGCAUUCCAUUCUUGGCAGCAUGCCUGCAGCAGCCUCUCGUUUAAAAAGGCGAAGCACUGAAGUAUUAUAUUUACCCGGCUGCCCGGAAGAUCAGAAUGAAGUGGAUGAUGACUCGCAUUCCGCGAGUACGAACUCAAAAUCGAUGAAAAUGGAACCGGAGGUGAUUUGGGAGGCCCCCAGCCCCCCAAUGGUCAACAAUUCCAACAUGCACGAUACGGAAGCGAGUUCGUUAUCCGAGAGCAGCUACUCAAUGACCAAAGAAAAGGAAGUGCAAUGCAUUUCUACGAAUUCCAGUGCCAUAGUAGACAUUCUGCAGAACCUGGUAAAAGAGGCGAAGGAACUACCAAUAAAGCCACCAUUUAAAAAUAUGGAAGUAUUGACCUACUGGGACUUUCUGCUGAAUGAUAUGACUCCAGAGGCGGCAAGAGAAGCUCGUCAUAGAGUCACGAAUCUACUUCAAAACUCAGUCACCGCCAAUCCCAAAAAAUAAUUAUACUUAAUAAUAGAAAAUUGAUUUAUAGUAGUAAUAAUAUGUUAAAAACAUGUAAAA